CGGAAGGUUGUCUCACAGCCUCACAGCUGGAGCAUCUGGAGCAGAGCAGCUCUGAGCGUCAACUGAACUGGACGCUUUGCCUCUUUGACUCUCUAACACACACCGAGACAAAGCCCCGUGCAGCACCGCCGCUGUGUGACAGUAAACAUGGGACCCUCAGGGCGCCUCUGCUCGGUGCUGCUGCUGGUGUGUCUGCUCGGGCUGCAGCACUCCUCAGGUUUCUGGAUCAUCAACGUGGUCUUCCCUCCAAACGCCAAACCCAGAGUAGCAAGCAACAGCACUCCACCACUCAUUAUAGUGCCAGGGAACUUGGGGAACCGUCUGGAAGCUAAGAUCGACAAGCCGACACUGGUCAGCUGGUUAUGCUACAAGAAAACGGAGCACUGGUUCCCUCUGUGGAUUGACCUCAACAUGUUCAUGCCUAUAGGUAUAGACUGCUGGAUUGAUAACAUUAGACUUGUUUACAACAGGACGUCUCGGCGAUCAUCCAACUCACCGGGAGUGCAGGUGCGAGUGCCAGGAUUUGGGCAGACAUAUCCCAUUGAGUUUCUUGACUAUAACAAAUUGGCUGGUUAUUUUUUCACGAUGGUGCAACAUUUGGUCAACGUGGGCUACACCCGAAACGAGACAGUCCGAGGAGCGCCGUACGAUUGGAGAUUAGCUCCCAAUGAGAAUGCAGAGUAUUUGACAAAGCUGCAGGACCUGACCGAGGAGAUGUACGAGCAGUACCAGCAGCCCGUUUACCUGCUGGGACACAGCAUGGGCUGCCACUACGUCCUCUACUUCCUCAACCACCAGCCUCAGGCCUGGAAGGACAAGUACAUCAGGGGCUUCAUUUCCCUGGCAGCUCCAUGGGGGGGUGCUGUUAAACCACUUAGAGUCCUGGCGUCAGGUGAAAAUGACGGCAUCCCGAUGAUAUCCAACAUCAAGAUCCGCGAGGAGCAGAGAAUGACGACAACUAAUCCCUGGAUGCUGCCAUCUGAGAUGGCCUGGCCUAAGGACCAUGUGUUCAUCUCCACACCGACCUUUAACUACACCACCCAGGACUACCAGCGCCUCUUCACAGACAUCAAUUAUGAGGACGGCUGGCACAUGUGGGAGGACACCAGGAACCUUACCGGUGAUCUCCACCCACCUGGUGUUGAGAUGUGGUGUAUGUAUGGCGUGGGGCUUCCAACUCCGGUGACAUACAUUUACAACGAGGCGUUUCCCAAUGAGGACCCAGUGGACUUUGUUUACGCCGACGGGGAUGACACAGUGGACAGCUUCAGCAUGAGCCUCUGCAAAAGGUGGUCAGGGCAGCAGGAGCAGCCCGUCCAUGUGACAGAGUACCGAGGGCUGGCUCACCUGGACAUAGUGUUCCAUGAAAAGGUGCUCAACCAAAUCCAGCAUAUCCUGGAGGGCAUAUCAGACACGCCCAGAGAGGUUGACGUCCGAUAUGGAACUGAAUAGAAGACGAAAGCAUUUAGGAGUUUGAAAAACAAACAAAUGGAGAGCUUGAUUCAAGCAAAAAACACAUUCCACAUAGGUCCAACAUGUAUUAUUAGCACCCCCUCCAAACCCAAGUAGCAGUUCUAAACUAAUCUGGACCAGCAACGAAUCUAACCGUGACCCCCCAGCCCAUAACCAUGACCCCCUUAUCUAAACUGCUGAUGACUUGCAGCGUAUGUUUUGACCCUGAUCUGUUUAUUUCUAUUUCCAAGCUGUGUUUGUUGUUGCAUCCUCCUAAUAUUUGAUGGUAAUCAUGAGGAGACGUAUGGCGGUAAUCAUGACACAUAAUGAUCACAAUAAUUACAAACAUAGUAAUAGGGGUUUUUGUUCAUUUAAUGUUGUAGUAUGGGUAGUUUUCUCACAGUCCAUUCAGGUCAUUUCAAAUCCUGUUACAUACAUCUUUACAGAAAUACACAAUCCUAUUUUGUUUACUUUUGAUGGAUGAUGAAUUAAAUAUCACAUCAUUAUUAUUUUCAAAUUCCACACCCAAUGACACAUAUUUGUCAUAUUUCAUGGGUAGUUAGAGUGUGACAAAUUAGUUAUUGCAUCAUUAUUAUUUUAAAAGUGCACACCCAAUGACACAUAUUUGUCAUAUUUCAUGAGUUGACUGUAAAGAAUAGGUUAUAGGGACCUCACCAGUAGCCUUUUUUUUUAUUGGAUGUCACUGUAAUAUUUCUAACAGGAUUUAUAUAUUUUUAGAUAUCUGUAUGAAAUAUUUUUGAAAAAAUAUUAUAAGGUUCAUACACAGUAGCAGCUUAUACACGCAUAUAUUAAACUAGUGUUGUGAAUUUAUACUGUUGUGUAAAUGCCAAAUGUAUUUGAAUGUUUCCACUUAUAAUAAAGCAUCUAAUUUCACAAAA